AUGACUCAGUGUUUGUUCAGCUUCACCGAGACCCGAAACCGCUGCUACCGGUCAGCAUUCACCGGGUCGGGCCUCCGCUCCACUAUCACAGACUUAAAAGAUGGAACCGUAAUGCAUUGUUGGGCCCCCAAGGCCCGAACCGAAGCCAAGCCCAACCUGCUCCUCAUCCACGGGUUCGGAGCCAACGCGCUGUGGCAAUGGGGGGACUUAAUCCGCCACGUGGUGCCUCUCUUCAACGUGUACGUGCCGGACCUCGUCUUCUUCGGCGGGUCCUACACGACCCGGCCCGAGCGCGGCGAGUGGUUCCAGGCGGAGUGCAUGAUGCGGGUGAUGGAGGCAAAUGGGGUGCGGCGGGUGAGUUUAGUGGGGCUGAGCUACGGCGGGUUCGUGGCGUACUGUAUGGCUGCGAUGAUGGAGAGAGAGACGGUGGUGGUGGUGGAGAGAGUGGUGGUGUGUGGGUCCGGGGUGUGUAUGGAAGAGGGGGAUGUUAAGGAAGGACUUUUCCCUGUGACGGAUUUGGAUGAGGCUGCGAGUAUUUUGGUGCCGCAAACACCUUAUAAACUGAAGGAGCUUGUUGGGUACGUUUUUUUCAAACCACCUCUCUUGAGCUGGUUGCCUUCUUGCAUCCUCCUUGAUUUCAUCGAGACAAUGUGCAGGGACUAUGAACAAGAAAAGAGAGAAUUGAUCAAAGCGCUCGCAAAGGACCGAAAACUUUCUGACAUCCCCAAGAUAUCUCAGCCAACAUUAAUUAUCUGGGGAGAACAUGAUCAAGUAUUUCCUUUAGAACUGGGCCACAGAUUGAAAAGGCAUUUGGGGGACAAUGCUCAACUAGUGGUCAUUAAGAAUGCGGGGCAUGCUUUCUGUGUGGAGAAGAGCAAGGAGUUCUUCAGCAUCUUGAAAUCUUAUCUCUUGGAUUUCCAGCUACCUGCAGAGAUCUCACCUUCAAAGUUACAAAACAACAACAUUCCUGUAAGUUCAAACACCAAAAUAUGA